UGCCCUUGGCGGCCAUGGGCGGCAAUGGCGCCAACAAGGCCUUGGAGCUGCUGCGCUCGCUGCCCAGGGUCACCCUGGCCAACCUGAGGCCCAGCGAGGGCUCCAAGAAGCAGGAAAAGCGGCGAGGGCGUGGAAGAUACGGAGGCAGAAAGUGUGGUCGGGGUCACAAAGGACAGCGGCAGAGAGGAAACCGCCCUCGCCUGGGCUUUGAGGGUGGUCAAACUCCCUUUUAUUUGGUCAUACCAAAAUAUGGGUUUAACGAUGGACAUAGCCUCAGACGUCAGUACCAACCACUCAGCCUUCAGAGGCUGCAGUACCUGAUUGAUUUGGGUAGAGUCGACCCCAAGCUACCGAUUGACUUAACGCAGCUCAUUAACGGCAGGGGUGUAACAGUGCAGCCUCUGAAAAGGGAUUAUGGUGUCCAGCUGGUGGAAGAAGGUGCUGAUAUCUUUUCAGCAAAAAUUAACAUUGAAGUACAAAGGGCAUCUGAAUUAGCUAUUGCAGCCAUUGAAAAAAAUGGAGGUGUUGUCACAACGUCCUUCUAUGAUCCCCGGAGUUUGGAAAUUUUGUGCAAGCCGGUGGUAUUUUUUCUGCGUGGCCAGCCUAUUCCAAAGCGAAUGCUUCCUCCCGAAGAUCUGGUCCUUUACUACACAGAUGCCAAGAAUCGUGGCUAUCUGGCAGAUCCAUCCAAGGUAGAAAAAGCCAGGCUUGAACUUGCCAAGAAAUAUGGUUAUACUUUACCAGACAUAACUAAGGAUGAACUCUUCCAAAUGUUAAGCACACGCAAGGAUCCUAGACAGAUCUUUUUUGGCCUUGCUCCAGGAUGGGUUGUAAGCUUGAGUGACAAGAAAAUUCUGAAGCCAACUGAUGAGAGACUGCUAGAAUACUACAGUUCGUGAAUUCAGGAUUGGAGACAGCUGCAGGUGUUCAGGAAACAUCUGGGUGUGAAAUAAUGGCUACAAAAUG